UAGAGAAAAAUAAGAAAUUAAGCGAAUGUAACCAUUGUCACUUUGGGUUUGUACCAGAAAAAAGCACCUUUGGUGCCUCACUGAACUCAACCGCCGAUAAAAGAACCCAAACCCAUCGGAAAGCCCUACCGGAGUCGGUCGCCGGUCGCCAGAAACGUUCCACUUCCUCAAUGGAGAGUUCCGAUGAAGAAAACGACGUCGUCACUGGUAAUCACGCACCUAAGGAACUUACUCGUUUAUCAUCUACUGGUGCAAAAUUCGUUGAUGAAGUACUUAACGGUCCAAAUCAACGUUGUUUGGAUAAUUUCCGAAUGGAUAAACAAGUGUUCUACAAGCUAUGUGAUAUUCUAGAAACUAAGGGUUUAUUGCGUGACACUAAUAGGAUCAAAAUUGAAGAGCAAUUAGCUAUGUUUAUGUUUAUUAUUGGUCAUAAUUUGAGAAUUAGGGCUGUUCAGGAAUUGUUUCAUUAUUCGGGCGAAACGAUUAGUCGGCAUUUUAAUAAUGUUUUGAAUGCGGUUAUGUCGAUUUCGAAGGAGUAUUUUCAGCCGCCGAGCUUGGAUGUUCAUGAAUUAAUCUCUGAAGAUUGUAGAUUCUUUCCGUAUUUUAAAGAUUGUGUGGGAGCAGUUGAUGGUAUAUAUGUACCUGUGACAGUUGGUGUAGAUGAACAAGGACCUUUCCGCAAUCCAGACGGGUUACUUUCACAAAAUGUUCUGGCAGCAUGCUCAUUUGACCUCAAGUUUUGUUAUGUUUUAGCUGGCUGGGAAGGGUCUGCUACAAACUUACAAGUUUUUAAUUCAGCAAUCACCAGGAGGAAUAAAUUGCAGGUCCCCGAAGGUAAAUACUACCUGGUCGACAACAAGUAUCCAAACGUGCCGGGUUUCAUUGCUCCAUAUCCUCGUACUCCCUACCACUCCAAGGAUUUUACCAGUGGUUACCACCCACAGGAUGCAUGUGAGCUGUUCAAUCAACGACACUCAUUAUUACGAAAUGUCACCGGCCGAACUUUUGGGGCUUUAAAGGAGCGAUUUCCCAUAUUGAUGGCAGCUCCUUCAUACCCAUUACAGACACAGGUAAAGUUAGUGGUGGCAGCUUGUGCAUUACACAAUUACAUUCGUGGGGAAAAACCAGAUGAUUGGAUUUUUAAGAUGUAUGAUAAAGAUGCGUCAUUUACAAUGGGAGAAUCACUACCUCCACCAGAGGUUGAAACACAUCCGAAAACAAAUGUCGAGACCCAAAACCAGUAUCAGGGUCUUAGUUUUAAUCCUGAUGAAAUUGCACUUGCUUCACAGUUAAGGGUUUCUAUUACAACUGAAAUGUGGAACAAAUAUAUCCAGGAUAUUCCCCUCAUGUAAAAUUUGUCCAAUUAAGUUUAUGUUCUCAGGCUAGGUUUGAAUAUUUCUGAGGAUCUUCCUGAUACAGUAGAAGAAAACUGUUGAUUUCUACUAUGAUAGUGUAUAUUGGAAUUUUGUUCAUAUAACACAAGCAUGCUUGUUAUCACAUCUCAUCAUAUAAACUUUGGUCUUCAACUUUAGGGGCAAAUAAAUUUUUCAUUCCUCCCUAGGAAUGAACAUGAUAUUUAAUCUUGUUUAUUGAAGUAAAAUUGUGGAGUCAAAUCAAUUCAGAGAGCUUAUCACCAUCACAAAGAGCAUGUGGUAGACUAUAUAAUAUUCAUUGUAUGGUUCAGGCCCUGAAAAUGUACACAGUUAGUGUAUAGUAUACUCAACCAAUUUGUUCAUGGGACCUUGUACAGAAUUUGCUGUUAUAGAUAGCUUGCAUAUGUGACAUAGGAAAACAGGGUACAAAGACAGGUAAAUGACUUGGCUUGCAAGGUUAGACAUGUUAAGUCAUAUUUUGGUGUUUGGUACUUUGGGUUCAGUGUUUUUGUGCUGCAACUUUGGAUUCAAUGUGAAUAAGGUCACUGUGUCCCACAAACUUUUUACAUAAAACUACUAAAACACAAACAUAUAAUAAAUAGGGAUUUGCAUUAAUACUGUUACUAAAUAAUUUGAAAUGACUAUUGAAAGUAGUAAUUAGA